ACCGAUCAACACUCUUUUUCUCCUUCACAAGACGAAGAAGAAUUACAGAGAGAAAGCGAUGGACAAGGAAGUUAUCGCUGUUUCCGCCAUGGACGCUUUCGAGAAGCUUGAGAAAGUUGGUGAAGGGACCUACGGGAAAGUUUACAGAGCCAGAGAGAAAGCUACCGGGAAGAUCGUCGCUCUCAAGAAGACGCGUCUCCAUGAGGACGAAGAAGGCGUUCCUUCCACUACCCUCCGCGAGGUCUCCAUCUUGCGCAUGCUCGCUCGCGAUCCUCACAUCGUCAGGUUGAUGGACGUUAAGCAAGGACUGAGCAAAGAUGGAAAAACUGUACUAUACCUGGUUUUUGAGUACAUGGACACUGAUGUUAAGAAAUACAUCAGAAGUUUCCGUCAAACUGGAGCCAACAUUCCACCCCAAACUAUCAAGAGCUUGAUGUACCAACUAUGCAAAGGAAUGGCAUUCUGCCAUGGCCACGGGGUGUUGCACAGGGAUCUUAAGCCUCACAAUCUCUUGAUGGAUCCAAAGACAAUGAGGCUCAAAAUAGCAGAUCUUGGUUUAGCCAGAGCCUUCACUCUGCCAAUGAAGAAGUAUACCCAUGAGAUAUUAACUCUAUGGUAUAGAGCUCCAGAAGUUCUUCUUGGUGCUACUCAUUACUCUACAGCAGUAGAUAUGUGGUCUGUUGGCUGCAUAUUUGCUGAGCUUGUGACCAACCAAGCAAUCUUUGCUGGGGAUUCUGAGCUCCAACAGCUCCUCCAUAUUUUCAGGUUGCUCGGGACACCCAAUGAAGAAAGGUGGCCAGGAGUGAGCACACUCAAGAACUGGCACGAAUACCCACAGUGGAAACCGUUGAGUCUCUCCUCAUCUGUUCCAAACCUCGAUGAGGCUGGACUUGAUCUUCUAUCUAAAAUGCUACAGUACGAGCCAGCCAAAAGGAUCUCAGCAAAGAUGGCUAUGGAGCACCCUUACUUUGAUGAUCUGCCGGAAAAGUCUUCUCUCUGAGGAUUUAAAAGUCUUCAGUUAGUAUAUUUCCCAAUCUUACUUUUGUGCUUCUUUCAAGCAUAUCUCUAGUGUGCUUCCCCCACUCUGUGAACACUCCUUUCCCUUUAGCAUAUUAUCACCUCUGAUUGUACUUCUUUGUGUUCUCAAAUAUGUAACAAAGGCUUUUUUAGCUUUCAACCUUUUUAAGGAAAUAUAUCUACGUAUUCUCUAA